AUAAUGAUCAAUUCAAAAAUGAAUUGUGCGUGGAAGGUUCUGGUCUUUGUUGUAGCGUUAAUUCCAAUUUUGAUCUUCUAUAUUGUGAAUCGCGGUUGCAAUCACUCCUUCACUUAUGCUGAAACAAGGGCAGAACUAUUUAGGGCAUCAAAUCCCAGCUAUGACAUGGAUUUGUUCAGACGUGCCAUGAGGGACGUCUGUUUAAAAGAUCUCUUCACGGCAACCCUGAUUGAAUUGAAUGCUAAUACGGAUGGCGAGAAACGAAAAGAAUUGUUCUACCGACUGAUGGGAAAGCCUAGUUACCAAUAUUGCCAAAAUCUGGUUCCAUUUGGUGGGAAGCGUUAUGGAAGGAAAUGUUGGGACGGAGUCAAAUACUUUUGUUUGGACGAUCUGCCAGAAUCAGGUUGUCUCAUUUACUCCUUUGGGAUCUCUCGGGAUACGUCUUUUGAAACGCAGAUGGUAUCCUUAAAUUGUACUGUGUAUGGUUAUGAUCACACUAUUGGAAUUCCACCAACGGGACGAGAACUUACUCUAGGACUUACUGUUUACGGACUAGCAGUUGAUAAUGUCACAGAGGAAAAUAAGACGACAUUCUAUGAUGCAAUGGCCAGUCAUGGACACUUGGAUAAGCCAAUAACAUAUUUGAAGGUAGACAUUGAAGGCCACGAGGUGAAGAACUUUCAGAACUGGAUGGACACCAACGCUUUAUUGAAUGUCCAACAAAUUGGCCUUGAGAUGCAUACGCGCAAAGGCCCUGAAAAUUUCAUCGCCAUGGUGAACAUACUGGAUAGGAUGGGCUUCAAACUUAUCUCUUACGACGUAAACUCUUGCGCCGGACUGUUCGAUGGUAUUUCAACUUUGUUCGAAGUCGUGUUCCGACGUGUCAAUGAUCAAGAAAAUAUUUGCAAAUACUAUUUGGAUGCCUCGUAAUAAUGCAUUCCAUUCCCGAGUAUACCCUGGUUGACUGAAUUUGUUUUUGACUUUGAAAGUUUGGAACAAUGGAUUAAAUGGAAAUGAAAACAACAAUAAAAAAGAAAUAUGAAAAAAGUCA